GAUAAUUUAAUUAAUAAUUCUAACUAGAUUUAAAACAGCAAAUUAUUUCUCGUCAUGAAUCCAAAUGAAAUCACUUUGAUUUCUCAACAUGACAACGCAGAAAAAAUUGAGGAAUUUCUCAAAAGUUUUCUUGAUAAGUUUAUUGAUAAAUUUAAUCUCCUGGAGCUAACGUCAUCAGGUCAAUGGACAUUUUUAUGGAAUCAACUAUUUAACUUAUUGAAAAACACAGAGACAAAAUUGUUGUGUCUUCAAGCUAUUCGUAUCUUAAGCCGAGACAAAAUGUAUCUUAAUGAAACAGUAAAGGAAGAAGAAUUCGAUUUGUUACUUGAACUAGCAUCAAUUGGUGUAGGAGAUCAGGAUUUCCCACCAGAAGUUCAAGUUGAAGCUUUGAAGAUUCUUUGUAAUCUUGUUUAUCAAAGUUGUAAAUGUCAGGAAUUUUGUUUAAAAAAUUCGGCAGUUGAAGGAAUUCUUAAACGUUUACGAAUGUUAAAAGAAUAUCAUAUAAACGAUGACAUUAGACUAUUCGACAUGAGACUUUUGUUUCUUAUCACCGCCCUGACACCUAAUGUUCGCUCAAAAGUUCGCGACGAUUACCAUGGCUUGAUUUAUCUUGUGGAAACACUAGAUUUCAUGAUGAAGAAAAAUUCUAUUGAAGUUUUUGAGAAUCAUGAAAUCAACAUAAUUAACGAAAUAUUGAAAGUUCUAUAUAAUAUUACCGAAACGAAUCUAUCAACAGUUGAAACAGAAGAGGAUGACGCUCAUCAGCUUCAACGUUUAACAAUAAUGCUGAACGAUCUUCUUCGUUACAAAGCUCAUUCUACUGAGUUAACUGAAGAUUUGUAUUCGUAUAUUAUUAAUCUACUCACUAGUAUACCAGUAUCUUGUUAUGUGGAGCUUUUUCCUUCUGAGAAUCUCAAUAUUUCCAAGAGAAGUGAUAGUCAGUUCUAUGAAAGUCAUGAUAUACAUUGCGUAAAUAUUUUUAUUCACUUUCUGGAUAAACGACUGAAAAAUUUUAAUGAAGGAAAACAAGAAGAAAAUCUUAAAAUGGAAAACAUUUCGAAAGAGUAUGAAAACAUUCCACCAAUAUUGAUCGUUAUGAUAAAAAGUGUGCAGUGUUCAAGUGCAAUCAGGCAUUAUGUAAAAAGCAAAAUAUUGCCUCCUCUGCAAGACGUAAAAAAUCGACCUGAACAUGGAACAGAAAUGAGAAAUAUUUUAUGUCAGCUUUUAACUUACCCUUCUGCACAGAUUUCGGACCUUGUUGCAGAAUUUCUUUUUAUUUUGUGUAAGGAAAAUGUCGAUAGAAUGAUAAAAUAUACAGGCUAUGGCAAUGCAGCGGGGAUUUUUGCAAAACGUGGACUUCUCGCUGGUCAAAACACUGGGAAUCAUCAGCAAUAUUCUAGUGACAGUGAAGAAAGUGACACAGAAGAAUACAUAAAGUAUAAGCAUUCAAUAAAUCCUAUAAUUGGAUGUUAUGAAACCCCCCAAAAGAAUCCUUUGGAAGGUCUAUCAGAAGAACAAAAAGAAUAUGAAGCAGAACAACUUGUGAAUCUCAUUGAUAAGCUACAUAGAAAAGGAAUAGUGAAACCAUGCAAAAUUGCCGAUGGUAAACCAGUACCAAUUGAACAUGUGUUGGAACUUCAACAAUUACCGAAAGAACAUCAAGAGCAUAAUGAAAAUUUGUAAUCCAUUUAAUGAAUAGAUGUUUGCAUUCAUUCUUGAAAAAUACAUGUCUGGUUGUUUAUGAAAUUAAGAGAUAAUUAGAUAUCUAAUAAUAUUUUUAACUUCUAAAUGUCAUCAAAACAUCAAUAUUUGUUAAUAACUUUAAAUAGUUUGAUUAAAAUUUAAAAAUUCAUAAAGAAUUCUACUGCUUAAAUACAAUACAAGAUUUAUCAUUUUAUUCUAAACUAUGCAUCUUUGAUCAUUUAUGUAUUAGAUAGAUGAUAUUUAAAUGUAAAAAAAUUGAGUGCUUCAUGUUAGUACUAUCUGUAUAUGAAAAAAAAGAAUAAACAUAAUUCUUU